AUGGGCAACGCGGGGAGCAUGGAUUCGCAGCAGACGGAUUUCAGGGCACAUAACGUGCCUUUGAAACUGCCGAUGCCGGAGCCAGGUGAACUGGAGGAGCGAUUUGCCAUCGUACUGAAUGCUAUGAACCUACCUCCUGACAAAGCCAGGUUACUGCGGCAAUAUGAUAAUGAGAAGAAAUGGGAACUGAUUUGUGAUCAGGAACGAUUCCAGGUGAAGAAUCCUCCUCAUACAUAUAUUCAAAAGCUAAAAGGCUAUCUGGAUCCAGCUGUAACCAGGAAGAAAUUCAGGCGGCGUGUUCAAGAAUCCACACAAGUGCUAAGGGAACUGGAAAUUUCAUUAAGAACCAACCACAUUGGGUGGGUAAGAGAGUUUUUGAAUGAAGAAAAUAAAGGUCUUGAUGUUCUGGUGGAAUAUCUGUCAUUUGCACAGUACGCAGUAACUUUUGACUUUGAAAGUGUGGAAAGCACUGUGGAGAGCUCUAUGGACAAAUCAAAGCCCUGGAGUAGGUCCAUCGAGGACCUGCACAGAGGGAGCAACCUGCCCUCACCGGUGGGCAAUAGCGUGUCCCGCUCUGGAAGACAUUCUGCACUACGAUAUAAUACAUUGCCAAGCAGAAGAACCCUGAAAAACUCAAGAUUAGUGAGUAAAAAAGAUGAUGUACAUGUAUGUAUCAUGUGUUUACGUGCCAUCAUGAAUUAUCAGUAUGGUUUCAACAUGGUCAUGUCUCAUCCACAUGCUGUCAAUGAGAUUGCACUAAGCUUAAACAACAAGAAUCCCAGAACGAAAGCCCUUGUCUUAGAACUGUUGGCAGCUGUUUGUCUUGUCAGAGGCGGUCAUGAAAUAAUUUUAUCAGCAUUUGAUAAUUUUAAGGAGGUUUGUGGGGAAAAACAACGCUUUGAGAAGCUGAUGGAACAUUUCAGGAAUGAAGACAAUAACAUAGAUUUUAUGGUGGCCUCUAUGCAAUUUAUUAAUAUUGUAGUCCAUUCGGUGGAAGACAUGAAUUUCAGAGUUCACCUCCAAUAUGAAUUCACCAAAUUGGGCCUGGAUGAAUACUUGGAUAAGUUGAAACACACUGAGAGUGACAAGUUGCAGGUACAGAUUCAGGCUUACCUGGACAAUGUGUUUGAUGUGGGAGCUUUGCUGGAAGAUGCUGAAACCAAGAAUGCAGCCUUGGAGAGAGUGGAAGAACUGGAAGAAAACAUUUCUCAUUUGUCUGAAAAACUGCAAGACACAGAGAAUGAAGCCAUGUCCAAGAUUGUGGAACUGGAAAAACAGCUUAUGCAGAGGAACAAGGAGCUGGAUGUUGUUCGAGAAAUCUAUAAAGAUGCAAAUACCCAGGUUCACACAUUACGAAAAAUGGUCAAGGAAAAAGAAGAAGCUAUUCAAAGACAGUCUACCCUGGAAAAAAAGAUUCAUGAACUGGAAAAACAGGGGACCAUUAAAAUUCAGAAGAAAGGGGAUGGGGAGAUUGCCAUACUUCCCGUUGUGGCAUCAGGCACAUUGCCCAUGGGGUCUGAAGUGGCAGCUGGUAACUAUGUGGGACCAAUAACGGGGACUACCUCCUCGGGGCCCUUGUCCACUCCUCCCCCACCACUACCUCUGUCAUCGGAUGCAGCUGAAGCAGUGCAAAAUGGUCCAGUAACGCCACCUAUGCCUCCACCCCCACCUCCUCCUUUACCACCCCCACCACCCCCUUCUGCACCCCCACUGCCCGGAACGUCUUCACCCACAGUGGUUUUCAACUCAGGAUUAGCAGCUGUGAAAAUUAAGAAGCCGAUCAAGACAAAGUUCAGAAUGCCGGUUUUCAACUGGGUUGCUCUGAAGCCCAAUCAGAUCAACGGCACAGUUUUCAAUGAAAUUGAUGAUGAGCGCAUUCUGGAGGAUUUAAAUGUUGAUGAGUUUGAGGAAAUAUUCAAGACAAAAGCCCAAGGUCCUGCCAUUGAUCUUUCUUCAAGUAAACAGAAGAUAGCGCAGAAAGGAUCAAGCAAAGUGACAUUACUAGAAGCAAAUAGGGCCAAAAACCUUGCCAUCACUUUAAGGAAAGCUGGAAAGACUGCCGACGAGAUAUGUAAAGCUAUUCAUGUAUUUGACUUGAAGACAUUACCUGUAGACUUUGUAGAAUGUUUGAUGAGGUUCUUGCCAACCGAGAAUGAGGUGAAAGUGCUUCGGCUCUAUGAGCGAGAAAGGAAGCCCCUGGAGAACUUGUCAGAUGAAGACCGGUUCAUGAUGCAGUUCAGUAAAAUUGAGAGGCUCAUGCAGAAGAUGACCAUCAUGGCCUUCAUUGGGAACUUUGCUGAAAGCAUCCAGAUGCUAACUCCUCAACUGCAUGCAAUUAUAGCAGCAUCUGUCUCUAUAAAGUCAUCCCAAAAACUCAAGAAAAUUCUGGAGAUCAUCUUGGCCCUUGGAAACUAUAUGAAUAGCAGUAAACGAGGAGCAGUUUAUGGAUUUAAACUUCAGAGUUUAGACCUGCUUCUAGAUACAAAGUCAACAGACCGAAAGCAAACACUGUUGCACUACAUAUCCAAUGUUGUGAAAGAGAAAUACCACCAAGUGUCCCUGUUUUAUAAUGAGCUUCAUUAUGUGGAGAAAGCUGCUGCAGUUUCCCUUGAAAAUGUUUUAUUGGAUGUCAAGGAGCUCCAGAGGGGCAUGGACCUAACCAAAAGGGAGUACACCAUGCAUGACCACAACACACUGCUGAAGGAGUUCAUCCUCAACAAUGAAGGGAAGCUGAAGAAGCUGCAGGAUGAUGCCAAGAUUGCACAGGAUGCCUUUGAUGAUGUUGUGAAGUAUUUUGGAGAAAACCCCAAGACGACACCACCCUCUGUCUUCUUUCCAGUCUUUGUUCGGUUUGUGAAAGCCUAUAAGCAAGCAGAAGAAGAAAACGAGCUGAGGAGAAAGCAGGAACAAGCUCUCAUGGAAAAACUCCUGGAGCGAGAAGCUCUGACGGAGCAGCAGGAUCCGAAGUCUCCUUCUCAUAAAUCAAAGAGACAACAGCAAGAGUUAAUUGCAGAGUUAAGAAGGCGACAAGUUAAAGAUAACAGACAUGUAUAUGAGGGAAAAGAUGGUGCCAUUGAAGAUAUUAUCACAGCCUUAAAGAAGAAUAAUAUCACUAAAUUUCCAAAUGUUCACUCGAGGAUCUUAGAAACCAGCCAUACAGACGGGCCGAUGCGGUGA